AUGAGUGUGGCUAGUAUAUCGAGCAGCGGUGACGGGACUUCGUAUUCUGUGGUGAGCUCGACCGGGCUGGUCCUUGCCGAUUCGAGUACGUCGAGUUGUGUGGAGUGCGGGACUCCCCCGCCAUGUCCGCAGUGUGCUAGCGAUGAGUACUGUCUUCAGACCGAACAGACGUGUUCGGAGUGCUCUACUACUCGCUGUGUCAAGAAGAACGGGUCGUCGACCAGCAGUCUGAACGGCUCCGGGAACCAGUCCGGUGGCGCGAACGGGAAAGUGGUCGGUGGUGUUGUUGGGGGCGUUGUCGGGGGCGUUGUGGUGCUGGCAGCGUUGCUGCUAUUCUUUCUGUACCACAGAUAUUGGAAAAAGGCACUCCGCGAGAGAGCGGAGGCCGCCAAGGCCGGCACCGGCUCGUACUUCAUGGAUGACAACGAGAUGGGCGAUGCUGACGACUUCACAGACAGCGAGAGCGAAGAAGAGGACCUGCUGAGCGAAAACAGACGUCGCUCGCAUCACCCGCACGCGGUGGACCGCGAAACCUUCGCUGCGAAGGGCCCACCGGGAGCAGAUCACUCCGACAGGCACAGCACCGUGACAGUGCAGACCAGGGCGUCCAACAUUCUGCCCAUUGCGUACAUCCCCGGCGUCACCAGCGGCGGCGCGGGAGGCUCGCGAGCCUCCCGCCUGUUCCGCGGCCUGAACACCUCCAAUCUGAACACUGCCGGCGACAUGAGGUCCCACAUCACUCUCGGCUCGUCCAUCCUAGGCGGCAUCGAAGACGAAGAGGAGCAAGCGGACCACGACACCAAGAAGGAACCCCAACGCAACCGCUCGCAAGACAACCUGACAACAGCCAUCAGAGCCAGACCAAAACUGGUCCAAAUACAGGAAGAAGAAAUACCGGAGAAACCGAGUCAAGACCACACUACAAACGCCGACAGCCAGCGCCCGGAACAAGCAAGUUCGGAAGACGACGACAACGGCAGUUUCAUCCUCGAUGUCGCCAUCGGCGACACCAAGAGAUCAUCGCCCACCGCGAGCCACGCCUCUUCACCCUUCGAAGACAAGUACCAGAUACCAUAA